AUGGGCAGGCACUCUGACAGCCUCCCCCAGCUAAAACCCCCUUUUACGUUCCGGGUGUUGUGGAUGGUUCAAGCCUUCCUGGACCUGGCCGGCUCCCAGGAGAUUUACGCGCCGCACUCGAUCCGGGUGGAGGGCGACGUGACGCUGGGGGGGCUCUUCCCGGUCCACGCCAGGGGGGUCCCGGGGAUGCCGUGCGGGGACAUCAAGAAGGAAAACGGCAUCCACCGGCUGGAGGCGAUGAUGUACGCCCUGGAUCAGAUUAACGGCGACGACGAGCUGUUGCCCAACGUCACCCUGGGCGCCCGGAUCCUGGACACCUGCUCCCGGGACACCUACGCCCUGGAGCAGUCGCUGACUUUCGUCCAGGCGCUCAUCCAGAAGGACACGUCGGACGUGAGGUGCACCAACGGGGAGCCGCCGGUGUUCGUGAAGCCCGAGAAAGUUGUGGGUGUCAUAGGAGCGUCGGCCAGCUCGGUGUCCAUCAUGGUGGCCAACAUCCUGCGCCUGUUUCAGAUCCCCCAGAUCAGCUACGCGUCCACCGCCCCGGAGCUGAGUGACGACCGGCGGUACGACUUCUUCUCGCGGGUGGUCCCUCCGGACAGCUUCCAGGCUCAGGCGAUGGUGGACAUCGUCAAGACCAUGGGCUGGAACUACGUCUCCACCGUGGCCUCGGAGGGCAGCUACGGGGAGAAGGGGGUGGACGCCUUCAUGCAGCUCUCCAGAGAAGCAGGUGGAAUCUGUAUCGCUCAGUCACUGAAGAUCCCUCACGACCACAAACCCUCCGACUUUGAUAAAAUCAUCCGGCUGCUGCUGGACACUCGCUACGCCAGGGCGGUCAUCCUGUUCGCGUCUGACGAGGACAUCAGAGGGAUCCUGAACGCCAGUAAGCGAGCCGACCAGGUCGGUCACUUCCUGUGGAUCGGCUCCGACAGCUGGGGCGCCAAGAACAGCCCCAUCCACCAGCUGGAGGAAGCAGCUGUAGGAGCCAUCACCAUCCUGCCAAAGAGAGCCACCAUCAGCGGGUUCGAUGCGUAUUUCACGUCACGGACUCUGGAGAACAACCGGAGGAACGUGUGGUUCGCUGAGUACUGGGAGGAGAACUUCAACUGCAAGCUGAUGAGCUCGUCCAAGAAAGACGAGAGCAGCAGGAAGUGCACAGGUCAGGAACGCAUCGGCAUCGAUUCCAAGUACGAGCAGGAAGGAAAGGUGCAGUUUGUGAUCGAUGCGGUGUACGCCAUGGCCCACGCCCUCCACAACAUGCAGAGGGACCUGUGUCCGGAGAACUCUGGCAUCUGCCCGGAGAUGGACCUGGCUGGAGGGAAGAAGCUCCUCAAGUACAUCCGCAGCGUCAGCUUCAAUGGAAGUGCUGGUACGUCAGUGACUUUCAAUCGUAAUGGCGACGCCCCCGGACGCUACGAUCUGUUCCAGUACCAGUGGAACAACACGACGGGGCCAGGAUACCGGGUGAUCGGACAGUGGACCGAGACCCUGCAGCUCAAUAUUGAGGACAUGCAGUGGCCUCGGGGGGAGCAGGAGAUUCCCAGCUCAGUCUGCAGCCUCCCCUGUAAAACCGGUGAGAGGAAGAAGGUGGUGAAAGGCAUGCCCUGCUGCUGGCACUGCGAGCCCUGCGACGGCUACCAGUACCAGCACAACGAGUUCACCUGCAAACUCUGCACCUACAACAUGAGGCCCAACGCCAACCGCACAGCCUGCCAGCCCAUACCCAUCAUAAAACUGGAAUGGCACUCGCCUUGGGCGGUGAUCCCGGUUUUCCUGGCAAUGCUCGGCAUCAUUGCUACGAUAUUCGUCAUGGCUACCUUCGUACGGUACAAUGACACGCCGAUAGUCCGAGCGUCAGGCAGGGAGCUGAGUUACGUCCUCCUGACCGGGAUCUUUCUGUGUUACAUUAUCACGUUCCUCAUGAUCGCCAAGCCAGAUGUUGGCGUGUGCUCGUUCAGAAGGAUUUUCCUGGGUCUGGGAAUGUGCAUCAGCUACGCCGCCCUCCUCACCAAAACCAACCGCAUCUACCGAAUCUUCGAACAGGGGAAGAAGUCGGUGACGGCGCCCAGGCUGAUCAGCCCCACCUCGCAGCUGGCAAUCACCUCCAGUCUCAUCUCGGUCCAGCUGCUGGGGGUGUUGAUCUGGUUCGGGGUGGACCCGCCCAACACCAUCAUAGACUAUGACGAGCAGAAGACCAUCAACCCGGAUCUGGCACGAGGGGUGUUGAAAUGCGACAUCACAGAUCUGCAGAUCAUCUGCUCGUUGGGUUACAGUAUCUUGCUGAUGGUGACGUGUACUGUUUACGCCAUAAAGACCCGCGGGGUCCCGGAGAAUUUUAACGAGGCCAAGCCCAUCGGGUUCACCAUGUACACCACCUGCAUCGUAUGGCUGGCUUUUAUACCCAUCUUCUUCGGCACGGCACAGUCUGCGGAAAAGCUGUACAUUCAGACGACCACGCUCACCAUCUCCAUGAACCUGAGUGCGUCCGUGGCCCUCGGGAUGCUCUACAUGCCCAAAGUCUACGUCAUCAUCUUCCACCCGGAGCUCAACGUGCAGAAGAGGAAACGCUCCUUCAAAGCCGUGGUCACGGCUGCCACCAUGUCGUCCCGGCUCUCCCAUAAGGCCAGCGACCGGCCCAACGGAGAGGCCAAGACGGAGCUGUGCGAGAACGUGGACCCCAACAGUCCAGCAGCAACGAAGAAAUACGUGAGCUACAACGACCUUGUGAUCUAAAGGCAAUCCUCCAUCAGAGCGACAGACUGCGAGGGAACAGGGGACAGAGAGUGAUGGCAGUGGGAGAUGUCUGGUCUCCUGCUCUGCUGGCUGAAAACGAGACGGAAGAGAAAAGGACGAUUUAAGUUUCCUUUUUUUUUUUUUUUUGGUCUCAUGUGCUUCACUGCCCAUCACAGGCUUUCAGACGCUGAAGCAAAGCCUUGUGGGACUUUCCUUUGAACUAAGAGUUUGAGCACACAGAUCUUCACUCGGUCAGAGAGACAGAGGACAGAAAGCAAAGAGACGAGGGUGAAGAAGUGUUUGAAAAAUACGCCGUGAUUUUGGAAAAUUGUUGAGAAAAUAAAAAAAUAAAAUCCAGAAUCGUUAGUGCUGAUCAUACACAGGACGCAUCAGCGAACAUCUGGCAGCCUCUGGGCUGUUGUGAACCGUCGGCGGCGCUCUCGGGCUCCAUGCUGCGUCUCCGCUGUUGAUGUCAAACCAAGCAGCCGUCUUGACCUGACGUGACCUUUCUACGGAGCCCGCCUCCUCUCGUCUCUUAUUGUACUUCCAAACUGCGAGUUUUCCAACCUUCCUGUCGACUCGUGUGGUUCUUUAUGGCUCAUGUGUUGGCCCACUUUAGUUGUUGUCAGUUACUUUAUUUUCAGUUUGAUUUUUAUGACGAUGAUUUUGAUGUUGGUUAUGAAUCUGUUUUGCUCUUGCUUCUUUGGAUGCACAUUGUUUUCUAUUAAAGCCAUAUUCUUCGCUUUGAGGUUUGGAGGGCUUUGCUCAUGCUGCCACCUGGAAACUGAUUUUUGUCACAUUAAUGUCAUGUGCUAUAAAAAUGCAGACAUCCUUAAAAACCCUGAAAACACCCCGUCUCUCAGUCACCUGAGAUCCACACACUCACAGUACAGGGGUUUUCACAGUCUGACACUAAAAUCUGACUGAGUUCUAAUCAUUGUGAUUAAUCGUGAACCAGCAGCCAAACAUCACCAACACAUCCGCUGUCUUAGAUCACCUGCAUGCACCUGAGGUCUGACACCAGGUUUUCAGGGUCUUUAACCGUCAAAGAUGAGAAAUGUGGACAUAAGACCGGGUUUCCUCUGAACUUGUAGUGUCCUCUGUGUGACGGGGAAAAAGAUCUGAAGUCGCCUGUUUUCUCUGAGCAUUUCCUGAUCGUCCAAACGUGACGAGCCUGCGAGGAAAACAUCAGAGGUUUGAAUUCAGUUCACGGCUUUUCGUUGUUUGUGAGUCCAAAAAAAAAAAAGCUUCAGACACUGACAUGGUAAAAACCAGAUUCCUCAGCUGGCCGUGAACGUAAAGCUUCAAAAAAAAAAAAAGAAAAAAACAGUGGUGUUUUAAAAAGGCCUUUUUGUUUGAACUGUUUGAAAUGUCUGUGGUCCCUCGAUGAAAGCAUCCCCAUCCCAACAUGUGUGUUCCCUCUCCACAUGCACAUACAUGACGACUUCUGCAGUGUUUUGUAGGUGUGUGAUGAUGAUGAUGAUGAUGAUGACCCUUAACUGUGUUGUAGCUGACUCGAAGAGAACCUCCUUUGGUCCGGGCUUCACGGACUGCUGACACAACUGAAGGUGUUGAUGUGGAGGUUGUUAAUGCAUGCCUGAUAUGUUCGAUGUUGAAACAGAAUCAGAAAAAAAAGCUGAAAAAUGAAAUUCUCACGGCACAGUUUGAUUCCACCUGUCUGCUCUGAAAUGUACUGUUUUUUAUUUACUUCCUGUUUCUUUGCCGUUAACUUCCUCUGAUUCUUUCUCACACAGCAGAAUAUGGCUUUGAUUGGUUUCUUAUUUUCCUGGAAACUCUGGGAAAUGGAGAAAAAGAUGAAUAUAUAUUUAAAAAACACAGUACUUGUAAAAAAAAAAAAAAAAAGGAAGCAUGUAUGUUUU